GAAGCAGAGCAGAAGGAUGGACUCCUUCUCUCUGACGGGCAGCAGGAGCCAUGUGUUCCUCUCCGCCGCCUCCUCCCACCUCCACCCCGCCCAGGCCUGUCUGCUGCUCAACGGCCUGAAGGGCGGCGCCGCGGAGGGGCCGGGGUCGGGGCCGGGGCCGGCCCGCCACACCGUGGCCGUCCUGGGCUCGGGAGACUUCUCCAAGUGCCUGACGGCCCGCCUGCUGCGCUGCGGCUUCCGGGUGGUGGUGGGCAGCCGCCAGCCCAAGAUGGCCGCCCACGCCUUCCCCCAUGUGGUGGACGUGACGCACCACGAGGACGCCGUGGGGAAGGCCCACAUCGUGUUCCUGGCCAUCCGCCGAGAGCACUACUCCUUCCUGUGGGACCUGAAGCACCUGCUGGAAGGGAAGAUCCUGGUGGAUGUGAGCAACAACCGGAGGGUGAACCAGUACCCAGAGUCCAACGCCGAGUACCUGGCCUCCCUGCUGCCGGACUCCUUUGUGGUCAAAGGCUUCAACGUGAUUUCAGCCUGGGCCCUCCAGCAGAGCUGCCCCAAAGAUGCCAGCACACAGGUCCUGAUCUGCAGUGACUCUCUGGAGGCUCGUCAGCAGAUCAUGGAAUUGGCCCGGCAGCUGAACUUCCACCCGGUGGACCUGGGUCCUCUGUCUUCGUCCCGAGACAUCGAGAACAGGCCGAUCCAGCUGUUCCCGGGCUGGAAGGGCCCCGUGCUGGCCGCCGUGGCGCUCUCCAUCUUCUUCUUCGCCUACUCUUUCGUGCGAGACAUAAUCCAUCCCUACGUGAAGUUCAAGCAGAGUGACUUCUACAAGAUUCCCAUGGAGCUGGUGAACCGAACGCUGCCCACCGUGGCCAUCACCCUGUUGGCCCUGGUGUACCUGGCGGGACAGCUGGCCGCCGCCCACCAGCUCUACUACGGGACCAAGUACCGGCACUUCCCCCACUGGCUGGAGGGCUGGCUGCAGAGCCGCAAGCAGCUGGGCCUGCUCAGCUUCUUCCUGGCUGCCGUGCACGUCCUCUACAGCCUGUGUUUGCCCCUCCGGAGGUCCGAGAGGUACCUGCUGCUCAACACCGCCUACCAGCAGGUGCAUGCUAACGUGGAGAACGCCUGGAACGAAGAGGAGGUUUGGAGGGUGGAGAUGUACGUGUCCUUUGGGAUCAUGAGUCUGGGUCUGCUGUCCCUGCUGGCCAUCACUUCCAUCCCCUCCAUCCACCACACACUCAACUGGAGGGAGUUCAGCUUCAUACAGUCCACGCUGGGCUACAUCGCCCUGCUGAUCGCCACGCUGCACGGCCUGCUGUUCGGCUGGAAGCGGGCCUUCGAGGAGGAGGCGUACCGGUUCUACCUGCCGCCCAGCUUCGUGGUGGCCCUGGCCCUGCCGGUGUGCGUCAUCCUGGGGAAGGUGCUGAUGCUGCUGCCCUGCGUGGCCCGGAAGCUGCACCGGAUCCGAAGAGGUCUGGACAGCAGUGACUACAGGAGCCCCCGUCUGGAGCCGGUGGGCUCCGCCGCCCACAUCUCACCAGAGAGAGUCACCAUCAUGUGA